UAAAUGUCUGCUGUUUAAGACCCCCAGUGUGUGGUAUUUUGUUAUGGAAGUCCAAGAAAACAAGGGGUGUGUGAUUGAGCCAAAAACACAAAGGCAUAGACUGGCCUGUGACCUACCUGGGGUAAAAGAUAAACUGGGACAGAUCUUUUCUCUUAGCAAUUAGAGCUGGAGGAAACCCUGGGAAGGGGCCAGUGAUCAAUGGAUAUAGAAGUUGAAAGGAUACCAUGAACUAGAGUCAGGACAGUGGUGAGUUGAAGCCACAAGAGAGCAGAAACCAUACGGAAACAAAGGGGCUGAGCCACAGAGAGAACAGCUUAAAGAAAAAGUGCCCAGAGGGAGAGAGACGAGAAAGAGAGACCCCUUGGCCACAAGAGGGAGGAGGCAUUCCCAAGAGCAGCUCCAGUUUCCAACACUUUCCCAGGUUGGGUCCCAGCCCUUGCAGAGCAGUGAUAGGAAACCCUGUUAACUUAGGCAAUUUGAGUGGAUCUCUGUUUCUUGUUCCCUAAAGAUCCAGAGUAGCAUGAAAGGCUAUGUUUAGGGAUGAAUAAGCAACUUUAAAAUACCUAUAGAUGUGUGCAGGAAGCCAGUGGGGGAUUAGGCUGGAAGAAAGGGUUGAAGCAAUCUCUUGGGAGGCUUGUCAGGAGUGCGGACCAUGGGAGGAUGCUUGGCAAGGGCAUGACAAGUCUGAGGUGAGCUUUGGGGAGAUGUGUGUAUGCACUGAGCAUGGAGACUGGAGGCUGCAGGCUGUUAGAGAGCUCUUGGGAUAGUCCAGGCAGGAGGUGAAGAGGGCUGGAUCUGUGGCUAUAGCAGCGUGAAUGGAGAAGGUGUAUUGAUUAAGGACUAGCUGCUGUAACAAACUCCAAAGUAUAUAAUGGCUCUAACAUAGUAGAAGUUUGUUUCUUAUUCAUGUAAAGCCUCAAACAGCUAUUCCUAGUCUGAAGGGUUGAUCAGGGACCCAGGCUCCUUCCAUGUUGUGGCUCCACCUUUCUAAACACCAACCCAUGCAGGCAGAAGGGAACAGAGGAAGUGAAGAAGACAUAACCACGUCCUGAGCCCUCAGGCACAAAGGUGAAGGGAUGGAUUUAGACUCCAAGGGACAUUCUGGUAACUGGGAAAUCUUAUCACAUUCUCCAUCACAUGGGCAGUGUUCAGUUUUGAACUUGUUUCCUGCCUCUUCUCCCUGCAAAUGGGCGACCUUGUUUCCAAGGGGAAUCUUGAAGUCAGUGGUCCUAGUUUCCUAGUUUAUUGCCUUGAGGCAGAGUCCUAGUUUAUUGCCUGUAACGCUUUUUACAGCCACUCAAAGAGGCCUCAGCUGCCGGGCAAAGCUCAGACAGCUCAGGGGGCCAGUGCCCACAGCAGGGGCCAAAAAGAGACAGCAAGAGCCUGGGAGAGAGGAAAUCGAAAGGAAGUGCCUGUAUCUGCAGCAUGAGAAGGGGAGGAAGAACAGAAGAAUAGCCAGCAGUGUUCUAAAACGAGGAAGAAGUCCACCCACUUGCUUUCGUAUCUCUGGUAAAUAUUUGACUGAAUGUUUGCCUUUUCUCUAAGUUUUUUGGUGCUGUGAAGAGAACUGGGCAGAAUACCAGAAUAUCAGAAGCAGUCAUAACCAAGACGCCAGAGAAGCCCGAAGAACAAUCCAGAGAAGCAGAUUGCUCACUGGGGCUGAGGCGGUGCUUUUCCACUGAGAUGCUUUCCACAAACGGAAGGACCAGGCAGCUAAAUGGCACCUGUGCCAGCUCAGUGGACAUGGAGCUCUUCCUCCAUUACUCCCUCAUCCCAUCACUUUUCAUCAUUUUAGUCUUGUCCUUUCUCCAAAGACGAGAGCAGCAUAGACAGAGAGGUGACACUUGCUACCUGCUGGGGAACCACUUUGGAAUCAUCAUACCUCUGGACUUCAUGGGUACUUUUAGGAACCGAUGGUCCUAUGGAAUGGCCUUUGGGGCCACAGCCAAUAAGGUCAUGUUCUUGUUCUCAGAAGGCUACCAGCCCCUGCAGGUCCCGCAGUGGGCCCAAGCCUUUGUGCUUCUGAUCGGAGGCAUCGAAGUCGGCCUGUCCCACUUCCCCUUCUUUGCCUGCCUUUCUUCGGAGUUCCAGCUGGUCAGCUCCAUCCUCGGCUUCAGCUACUCUCUGAUCUGGUUUGCCGUCACUGUCCAUCACAUCACACAGUGUCCCCACGGGCAGUUUGUGGGGAGGUACGAGACCAUCAUGUUCUACUGGCCGUCACUGCUGUGCCUGGCCUUCCUGCUGGGCCGCUUCCUACACAUGUUUGUCAAGUCUCUGAGGGUCUACCUGGGCUGGGAGCUCCCGACGGAAGAAAAGCCUUUCCUGGAAGUUCACCAGGCAAAGCAUGUCAAGAAGCUCCUGAGAAAGUCCCCCAGGCAGGAGAAAAAAAAGUCUUGGUUCCAAACCAGGAUAUAUGAGUGGGACCCCUGCUUUCAUUUCCCAAGCCGAAUGAUUGGAACCACUGUGUUGGCUUUUAUCUGCCUGUACCUUUUCACUGCCAUUGAGUUCUGCGUGUUCGUGUAUGUGAGAGAUGAGCUAGACCUGUUUGAGGGAGAGUUGGAGAGUUACAUCACCUCCGUGAACCAGACGGGGACCCUGACCCCAGUCAUCCUGCAGGUGAAAGAGCUGAUGAACGUCACCAAAGGAGUCUGGGUGGUGACCAUUUUGCCUGCCUUCCUUACGUGUGUGAGCUAUCUGUUCCACAUUUUGGCCUGUUACAGAAAGCACAUGAGGAGGUUGUGGGCAGGAGAUAAACACUUUCUGCCUUUGAAGUUCCACCAUCCUUCCUCGUCGGAGAGUGUGGUGGCCAUUGCAAGGUAUUCUGGCUGGCAAAUAGCCUACAUUCUGUGGGGCUACCUCAUCAUCCACGUGGUGCAGAGCCUGUGUGGCCUGGCAAUCAUGUAUGGCCUAGUGUUGCCCAUCAUCCACAACCAGGGCCUGGAGAUGCUCCGAGGACUGGGCAUCGGGACCCUCACCAUAUCCACCGUCCUGGGUCUCAUGAUGCUGCAGGUAUGGAUCGCCACCAGGUUCUUCCUGCAACCAAAGAUGGGCACAGCCGACACGCAGAAGCCCUUGGCUCUCAACAACAGGAAAGCGUUCCACAACUUCAACUAUUUUCUGUUCUUCUACAACGUGCUGCUGGGCCUGGGCGCCUGCCUCUCCAGGCUGCUCAUCAGCUGCAUCCUGGGCGCGUGGCUCAUCGCCCGCAUCGACAGGACCAUCAUGCAGAGUGGCUAUGAGGGAGCAGACAUGGGCUACAGUGCGUGGAUCGGCAUGCUCUAUGUGGAUCAUUAUCAUACCAACCCUGUGCUCGUCAGCUUUUGCCACAUCCUGAUCACAGGCCACAGGGAGAGGAGGCUGCAGCGGGCCAUCAAAUACUGGUACCUAAACCAGUCAGCAUGUCCCCGUGUCUCAGCCAGGUCCAGGACGAGGUGGCUCCUGCUGCAGACCCUGAUCAACAACCCCAGACUGGUCACGCUCAGAAAAUCAACAGCAGGUUAUGGUUCCCAGGAGUUUACCCAGAUUCUGUUGACGUGCUCAGAACACUGACACUGACCUCCAACUUUGCUACAAGGCCAUUCCAGGAUCACUGCCCCUGCGAGAAGGCCCAGGCUACCCAGCAGCUGUCCCCUGCAAUGUGAUGCGAUGCACAGCCCCUGUCCAUGCACGUGGCACACAGCACUGACCAGGAUGGCAGCUGGGCUAAAGAAUGAAGUGUCAGGUCUAAUUCACUCCCUUGGCAAAAAGAUCAAGAACUAAAGAGAAUUACUCUUAUACAAACUUUGCCCAAUAAUGAUUUCCACUAUCCACUGUUAGGAGGCAGCCU